UCAAUUUUCAAAACUUUCUUACAAAUCAUGGAUGCACAAAAAGUUUUCAUCAUCUUUUCCCUCUUUAUUUCUCUAUCAUGUGCCACAAAUGUCGUUGAUUUUUGUGUGGCGGAUCUCAGUUUUCCUGUUGGACCAGCGGGGUACCCUUGUAAAAACCCUGCUAAACUUACCGUCGAUGAUUUUGUUUACUCUGGUCUAAGUGUUGCAGGUAACGGGUCAAAUGUUUUCAAACUCGCAACAAAUGUAGCAUUUGAUGUCACAUUCCCAGCUUUGAACGGUCAAGGGAUAUCCAUGCUCCGAGCAGACAUUGGUGUAGGUGGAGUGGUCCCACUCCACUCACAUCGAGUGACGGAACUUAUCUAUAUGGUAUCGGGCACAAUGAUUGCGGGUUUUAUUAACUCCGAUAACAAACCGUUCUUUAAGACCUUAAACAAGGGAGAUAUUAUGGUUGUUCCACAAGGAUCGUACCAUUUUGCCGUUAACACCGGAAACACUCCGGCCAUUGCAACGGCUACUUUUAGUAGUGCAAAUCCUGGCAUUCAUGUUGUUACCACAUCAAUUGCUGCCAACAACUUGCCCACGGAUAUUAUUCAGAAGGUCACUUUGUUGGAUGCUAAGCAAAUCCUUCAAUUGAAAAAAUUCUUUGGUGGUUCCAAUUAAUAUGAGUUCAUGUACGUUUUUGGUGGUUCGCCCGUAGCUUUUGUAACGAUUGGAUUGUGCUUUAACGUUUUAAUAUAAUAUAACAUCUUCUUUUUUGCGUAAAAAAAAAAAUGUAUGUUACUUUUUAAUAAGUCCGUGUGUUAUACGGAUGAACAUAUGUUUUUUUACUUUGUUAGUUGAU